CUCGCCGGAGAGAUCCAUCUCCAAGUGUGAACACAGGUUCACCUAGUAUGACUCCAGAAGAAAAACGCCAUGUCAAUCUCGGACCAAAGUUUGGUACCGCCUCUCCAGAACGAGUUCGGAAACUGAUGGCCUUAUCGGAUAAAGUUCGUCCACAUAAUCCAAAAAUUCCCGUCCCCACAGUUACGAGUCCGAUUAAUGGACGUCGUCAUGGUAGUCCGCGACAUGCCAGAGCUUUACCAGUUAAUUUAUCUGUAGAAAGUUCAUCUGUUAGCGGUAUUAGUCGUAAACCUAGUCGUACUGGUUCUAUAAAUUCCACAGACUCUGCCUCUCCAACCAGCAGUAUCAACAGUUAUCAACAUCAGUAUGGAUCAGAAACAGAUUCUGGACAUAACAGCAUUAUGUCAUCCAAUUUUGAUAGUCAUAGUACGAGUUCUGUUGGCUCGUGUAAUUCUCCACCAUUUCAAAGAAAAUCUUCCAACCCUCAUCUUCAUCCUCAUCAUUCACACAUACAUUCAGGUACUCAAUCUCUUCAUCUACCAGCAGGGCCCCGCCCACCUCUCCCCUCAUAUCAAACAGUGAUGCAGAACGCAGCUUCUCAUUCAAUACCACAUGUUUCUGGUAGUUACAUACCUCACUCACACUAUGGGCGACGGCCGCCAUUACCUGAUUACCAGGCAGCUGCACACAUGGCCAACUUGGCACGGCAGAAACAGUUGUAUCACAUGGAACGAGCGAAUGCUGCAGGGUAUUAUCAGGAUAGUGAUUAUGAUAUUCCAAAUAGCGAAUGUGCUGAUGAAGAACAAGUGUCUGCUGUUUGA